AUGGUUGGUGCUUCAGCUAAUGAUACACAGUUGAAGGAGGAGCUUGAUCGCUCUGAAUCUGAGGUUCGUGAAGCUCAGCUUAGAUUGCAAAACGCAAUUGCAGCCAAGGAAGCGCUUGCUGCACGUACACAAUCUGCUCAUGCAGACCAUGCAAAAGUUACACAAGUGACAUCUAAUACUCAAAUUCAGUCCGAGAAGAAGCAAAACUCUGAAGUUCAGUCCGUGUAUGAGUUGGAAACCCAGACAAGGGUCGUGAACAAACAAAAUUUCGUGGCUAAAUCUGUGAACAAAGAUGGGAUACAGGCCGUGAACAAACCAAAACCUAAAUCUUUUAAAACUUCAGAAAUUGUUGGGUCUCGUGAAACUACAGCUAAAGAAGAUAAUGCACGUACAGAUUCUAUCAAUGCAGGCCAUGCAGAUGCACUUGAUCAGUCUGGUGCUCAGUCCGUGGUUGAAUUGAUAAAACAUAAAAACACUCCUACUGAAGUUAUUGAUGAAGCUAAUCAGUUGGAAAAGGAGCUUGCUAAAUCUGUUGUUGAGUUGCGUGAAGCUCAGAUGAAGUUUAUUCAUUCAUCUGAGUUAGGCCUUGAUAAAGUUAUUAUUGAGGAGGACGAGGAGGAGGAACAAUUGGAAUCUAGUGACUCAGAUAUUGUUCAUAAACCUACAAUCCAAGUUUGGCAAGCAAAAUCAGCUAAAACUGAUGAGGAAGAGGAGAAGUCUUUGAAUCUGGAUAAUAUGGAGGAUAAUACGGUUGGUGCUUCAGAUGAUGAUACACAGUUGAAGGAGGAGCUUGAUCGCUCUGAAUCUGAGGUUCGUGAAGCUCAGCUUAGAUUGAAAAACGCAAUUGCAGCCAAGGAAGCGCUUGCUGCACGUACACAAUCUGCUCAUGUAGACCAUGCAAAAGUUACGCAAGUGACAUCUAAUACUCAAAUUCAGUCCGAGAAGAAGCAAAACUCUGAAGCUCAGUCCGUGUCUGAGUUGGAAACCCAGACAAGGGUCGUGAACAAACAAAAUUUCGUGGAUAAAUCUUUUAAAACUUCAGAAACUGCUGGGUCUCGUGAAACUACAACUAAAGAAGAUAAUGCACGUACAGAUUCUAUCAAUGCAGGCCAUGCAGAUGACUUGAUCAGUCUGGUGCUCAGUCCGUGGUUGAAUUGA